AUGUCGCUCAGUCCAGGUAAUGGUACCUUCAUUAGAGGCGAUUCACCAAUUACUGCACCAACGAGUGGGCAACCGUCUUCAGAUCGCGUGUCGUUUUUAAAGCUGAAAACAAGGUCAGUCUUUAAUCGACUUCAGCAUACAGCAGCAGAGAUGAACACCGAAAUGCUACAAGGCAUGGAUGAGUACGGCUUGGCAGCAAUCAUGGAAUCAGUGGGAGAUUUGAAAGCAACAUUCACCGCCGCUCACACCAGUUUAGAGGAAAUGGAUUUUGAGUCUAUUGCCAGUGACCUGCCCUGCAAAUUCGAUGCUACAUUAGUGAAACUUAAGGCGAACCUGCAACGAGAGAUUGGGAGACGUAGCACAGGUCAGCACUGCUCGACAUUUAGAGCGAACACUGGUGACUCGCAGUCGAUCAUCGUGAAUGCCAAUCGUUCUCGCCUGCCUUUGCUAAUGCUACCGAAAUUUAGUGGCGCGUACACCGAGUGGAGCAACUUUUUCUCGAUGUUCACCUCCGUCAUUGACAACGAUGGCGACCUAACGCAAAGCGAUAAGCUGCAAUACCUGCGUUCCUGCUUGAGUGGUGCUGCUUUGGAUACUAUCCAAUCUCUGGAGAUAAACGAAAAUAAUUAUAAAAAUGCAUUAGAUUUACUCAAAAAACGUUUUGAUAACAAGCGAAUUAUAUUUCAGGCACACAUCAGACAGAUCUUUGGGCUGGACAGGGCAGAUGCAUCCGCAAGCAAGUUGCGGGAGUUGACGGACAAGGUUACAUCACACAUACGCGCAUUGCAGUCGCUUGGGUCACAUGAACAAAUCGCUGACUGCAUUAUAGUUGAACUACUAAUCCAGAAGUUGGACAAGGCUACUCAAUCCAAGUGGGAAGAAAAUUCAUCUAGCAACGAACUGCCGUCGUGGGAUCAGUUAGCUGCAUUUUUGGAAAAGCGGUGUCGUACCCUCGAAAAUGUGGAGCAUGCCAUACAAACCCAAACGGAUCAAGUUGAAAGAAACAGUAAAACUGUAAGUACAAAUAUAAGAAAAUCAUUUGUCGUUUCGAAUGCCUCUGUAGGUGGUUGCGCGUUUUGUCGGUGCCCUGAUCAUAGAAUUUACCACUGUCAGCAAUUUUCCACUCUUUCUCCAAAUCUUCGCCAAAAGGAAGCCAAGAAGCUCUCGCUUUGCCUUAACUGUCUAAAGGGUGGCCAUCAAAUGAGAGAUUGCAAAUCUGGACCCUGUAGAGCUUGUCAAUUGAAACACCAUACGCUUUUGCAUUUUGACCGCACAUCUUCUGCUUCAACUUCUAUAUCAGGCCCACUCACGCAACCACCCACAUUGAAAUCAAACACCAUAGCUGCAACAUCAUCUGUCCCUGGCCAUGCCCUCACUUCGAGAUCUCCAUCUGAUGCUGUGCUUCUAGCCACUGCAGUCAUUUUUGUCAAAAAUCGUGCUGGUACCUUCGUGCCAUGUCGGGCGCUUUUGGAUUCGGGUUCCCAGCUUCACUUUAUUACAAAUCGUUUUACUAAUCAAUUACAACUUCGUAGGACCAAAUAUUCGGCGGCAGUUUCGGGCAUCGGGGAUGCCAACCUGUCAACUGAAGGCUAUUCGGUCAAUGUCGUACUGAAGUCGCGGACUUCAGAUUUCUCAACGCACAUCACUUCCGUCGUUGUUCAAACAAUCACUGACAAUCAGCCUGGUUUUUCAGUGAGCAUCGCGGACUGGAACGUCCCUUCGAACAUCCAACUAGCUGAUCCCAAUUUCAACAUACCUCAGCGUAUUGACUUGCUCAUCGGAGCAGGACUAUUUUUCGAACUUCUCUGCGUUGGACAGAUACAGUUGGCGCCCGGAUUUCCAGUUCUUCAAAAAACUCUUCUCGGUUGGGUGAUAUCAGGUGGUGGUCAACAGACUUCUAAGCUUUCGUCAUUUGUGGCCAAUCAAAGGUCUUCGAGAGACAUCGACUCUGAUACCCGACUAGACGAUUUGGUACCUCGCUUCUGGGAAGUAGAUCACGUUUUUGAGCCAAUCACUAAAACAACAAGGGAGGAGCUCGACUGCGAGGCGCAUUUUCAGCAAAAUGUUUCGCGUUUACCUUCAGGCGAGUACUCGGUUCGCUUACCUUGGAAAUUCGGCACAGAAUCAUUAGGCGAAUCAUACACACAAGCAAAGCGACGAUUUGAGAGCCUUGAGCGCAAGGAAGAUAGCUCCACAACAAAGCUCAGGGUCGUUUUGGAUGGUUCUGCUGUCACAACUUCGGGCCUCUCAUUAAACGAGAUUCUAAUGGCGAGGCCGACCAUACAACCCAAACUUUUUGAUAUUCUUACUCGCUUUCCCGACAACAUUUUCCAGUGCAUUUUGUGGCGGGACCUUCAUCACAUUUCUGAUGCAGAAAGGGAAACCUUCCUUAAAUUCGAUGACGCACGACACCUUAGAGGCACCAGAAAUUCUAAACGGUCUGCACUAUCAACAAUAGCUCGAAAACCUUUUGAGCACAUCAUGGCUGAUUUGCCUAAGAAGAAAUGUUAUAUCAGCGUCUUCAUCUGUUUCGCAACCAAGGCCGUAUGGAGGGAGCUAGUGAAGGACCUUCCAACAGGUGCUUUUUUGGAAGCUCUCAAGCUAUUUACGACAACACGCGCCAUGCCAAGCUGUAUUUGGUCAGACAACGCAACCAAUUUCGUAGGCGCUAAGAACGAGUUGAGAUACCUAAAACGCCUACUCCUAAGCCAAGAGCACCGCAGCAAGGUUCACGUUCACAACCUCAACAAUGGUUUCGACUGGCGAUUCAUACCACCUCGUUCACCACAUUUCGGCGGCUUGUGGGAAGCCGCAGUAAAAAUGGCUAAACAGCACCUGUACCGCACUUUUGGCUCUCCAAUUCUUAGUUCCGAUGAACUACAAAAUCCAGAAGACCUUGAUGUUUUAACUCCAGGUCAUUUUCUUAUUGGCGGCCCGCUUACAGCUGCUCCUGAGCCUAACAUCAGGCAUUUGAAUUACAAUCCACUCGGUCACUGGCAGCGUGUCACAUACUUCUAA